UAUCAGAGCUUCCCGCCGCGCUCCCGCAGAGACAGACGAGCCUUUAAUGGUCCCAUCCGAACCCGCAUCGCACCGCCAGCAGGACCCGCGCGCGGGACCAAUGCUGACACGCCGGCACGCGGACACGCAUUCGGGGCUUUGGCCGGACUCCUAACUCCCCAGAGGGAAGAAGUUUCUCCUCCGACCGCCUCCGCCUCUCCGGGAUACCUGCGGGAAGCGGGCGUCAGGACCGCCGCCUCCCGCCCUCCUCCGCCCUCCUCCGCCCCGCGCCGCCCCGCGCCUCCGGUUCUCCGUUUUUAGUCCACGCGCGUCCGGCGGUUGAUGUCCACCAAUGUUAGCGGUGGGGCAGAUGGAAGCUAACCGGCAGAGUGCUUUCGUCCUGGGCAGCACCCCGCUGGCGGCGCUGCACAACAUGACCGAGAUGAAGACGUCUCUGUUCCCGUACGCGCUGCAGCAGAGCCCCGCGGGCUUCAAGGCGCCGCCGCUGUCCGGCCUCAACUCGCAGCUGUCCGGAGGAACCCCGCACGGAAUAAGCGACAUCCUGGGCAGACCCAUCACCACCGCCGGCCAGCUGCUGUCCGGCUUCCCGCGGAUAAACGGCCUGGCGACCACGGCGGCCGCCGCGGCGGCGGGGAUGUACUUCAGCCCGGCGGUGUCCCGGUACCCGAAGCCGCUGGCCGAGCUGCCGGGGCGCGCGCCCAUCUUCUGGCCCGGCGUGAUGCAGGGCUCUCCGUGGAGGGACCCGCGGGUCCCCUGUCCCGCUCAGGCCAACAUCAUGCUGGACAAGGACGGGAAGAAGAAGCACUCCAGACCCACCUUCUCCGGACAGCAGAUCUUCGCUCUGGAGAAGACCUUCGAGCAGACCAAAUACCUGGCGGGUCCGGAGAGAGCCCGCCUGGCCUACUCCUUAGGCAUGACGGAGAGUCAAGUGAAGGUCUGGUUCCAGAACCGGAGGACCAAGUGGCGGAAGAGGCACGCGGCGGAGAUGGCCUCCGCCAAGAAGAAGCACGACUCGGAGACGGAGAAGAUGAAGGAGAGCUCGGAGAACGAGGACGACGACGAGUACAACAAGCCGCUGGACCCGAACUCUGACGACGAGAAGAUCACGAGACUGUUGAAAAAGCACAAGGCCGGCAGCAACCUGGCGCUCAUCAGCCCCUGCAGCAACAGCUCGGACACUUUGUGAUGCGCCUGCGCCGGAAGGCCGCCGGACUCUUUCACCUGACCUUUCCCACAUGCGUCUCUCUGCUCCGGCGGAACCCGAACGGAACCCGAACGGAACCCGGGCGGGCCUUUGGGGGGUUUAUGUGCCCCAGAAAGAACUGGGGGCUUUGGAGCGGAGACGCAGCUGCGCGCGCGCGCGCGGAGCCGGGCCUCUCCUCUGGACCUCACACCAACGGAAGGACAUUCAUUCCGGGAGGACUCUGAUAAAACUCAAAAGAUCCUGUUCUGUCCGGAUCCGCGAGCAUCCGAUGACAUUUCCCUAAAGUAAUGCCGUCAAUUCCCGCCACCUGUUGCGCUUGUCGUUUAUCACCUGUAGAAGCUCCAGGCGGACUGAGGACGCGUUCAGGUUGAAGGUCCGAGUCCGAGACGCAUGUUCCAAACAGCAGGUGAAAAGCUUCUGAAGCUCCGAUUAACCAGGGUAUCCGCCGUCCUCAAAGGCAACACGCGCGUGCUUGGACACGAGCGGACUUCUGCUGACCUGCACGUGUUCACGCAGGUGAGAAUGUGUAUAUAUUUUAUACAGAAUAAGUUAUGAUGUUUGGAAGCUGGGGGGACGCGGCCCUCUUCCUCCCCGCAGCCCCCAUGAUGAUGAUGAUGAUGAUGAUGAUGAUGAUGAUGAUGAUGCGCUUUAUCCCAUCCGAGCUGCUCGGAUCUCCGUCCCGCAGAGUAACGCCACGCCACGCAUCCCCUUUGAUUCACAGAAAUGUAUAGCAGCCGAACUGAGUGUAAAUAACAUUUGUAAAGAGAGUGAACAGCCGCUUGUUUAACGUCAUCAGCACCGGUCUCUGCCUCGGUGCGCGCACCGAGACAGAGACCAGGAGCUCCGUUCAUGUCCUUCUAUAAAAGAGAAUUAUUGCUUCCCGGACGGUUAUAGGACGAAAAGAAAAGACUUUGUAUAAUGAAUAAAUUAUUUAACAAGC